AAUGGGGUGAACCACAAUGACGGGGUGAACCACAAUGACGGAGUGUACGACGCAGCUUCUCAAACCCCGGGAAAACUCGUGGUUGGCCACCCAGAUGGAAAGGAAAGAUAUGUGUAACACUAGAAUGUCUUGUAUUUAGUUAGCUAGCUAGCCUACCAUAGCUGAGUGAAGCGAAAACAACAAAGUACGCUUGGAUGUAGGGCUUGUAGUGGAACUACACACAGAGAUGGACACCGCCACCGGGGAGUCAGAACCGGACCCCAUCAAGCUAAAGUCAAUCAAAAACAAAAGAACGUUCACUGUACCACAAAAAGACCGGCUUGGUAACUGCAGAAGCGUGAAGGAAUUUGAAAAGCUGAACCGAAUUGGGGAAGGAACAUAUGGAAUUGUGUACAGGGCCCGGGAUACAAGGUCAGAUGAAAUUGUGGCCCUGAAGAAGGUUCGGAUGGACAAGGAGAAAGAUGGGAUCCCAAUCAGCAGUCUGAGGGAGAUUACUCUGCUGCUGCGUUUGAGACACCCCAACAUCGUGGAGCUGAAGGAGGUGGUGGUGGGCAGCCACCUGGAGAGCCUGUUCCUAGUGAUGAGCUACUGUGAGCAAGACCUGGCCAGUCUCCUGGAGAACAUGCAGACUCCCUUCUCUGAAGCCCAGGUGAAGUGUAUCGUCCUACAGUUGCUGAGAGGCCUAGACUAUCUUCACCUCAACUUCAUCCUACACCGGGACCUGAAGGUGUCCAAUCUACUAAUGACAGACAAGGGCUGUGUGAAGAUAGCGGACUUUGGUUUGGCCCGCGUCUACGGCAUCCCCCUCCAGCCCAUGACUCCCAAGGUCGUGACCUUGUGGUACAGAGCUCCAGAAGUCCUCCUCGGGACGAAGACCCAGACCACUGCUCUGGACAUGUGGGCGGUGGGCUGCAUCCUGGCAGAGCUGCUGGCCCACAAGCCCCUUCUUCCCGCCGGCUCGGAGAUCCAACAAGUGGACCUCAUCGUACAGCUGCUGGGCACGCCCAACGAAAACAUCUGGCCUGGUUUCUCCCUGCUCCCUCUGGUGGGCCAGUACAGCCUCCGGAAGCAGCCGUACAACAACCUGAAGAAUAAAUUCACCUGGCUGUCUGACGCAGGCCUGCGCCUGCUCAACCAGCUCUUCAUGUACAACCCCCAGCGCAGGGCCACGGCUAAGGACUGCCUGGAUAGCUCCUACUUCAAGGAGAAACCUUUACCUUGUGAGCCUGAGCUGAUGCCCACCUUCCCUCACCACCGCAACAAGAGGGCCGCGCCUUCGGCAGACAGCCAAUCGAAGCGCAGCAAAGUUUGAUAUUGUCAGAGCAGCUGACAGCGUGAUGGAUUUCUGGAGGCAAUUCCAGAACCUGUAACACACAGACCUGUAACACACUCCCAGGUGCAGUGAGGAGGAGACAUACUGCAUGCUUGGAAUGAUGGUUGUGAAUGCCGACUCGGCGGUCAGUAUGACGAUCACAGUGUUCUGAAGCAGGCUUUGUCAUGCUACUGCAGUAUUAAACUGCCUAGUUUUCAGCUUCUCUUGGUUCCUUAAUGCUAAAUGUCUAACAUUGCAGUCUUGCUAAAGAUGAGCCUUAAACUAUGCAGUACAUUUACAAAAGUACAAUUUUACAUUUGUGUGACCGGUUUGGUGUUAGGGUUGAAAUUUAUAUACUGUAACUGGGCUUUUUUUUUUAUUACUUGGAAAUACUUUGAUAUUGUAACUUCAGUUUUUAGUUGUAUUAAAAGCUAUUUGAAAUGCC